UACACAGAUGGCUCUUAUUUCUGAUUAUGUGACAUAAUUUUGUAAUCUGUGGAAACUGAAUUUUUUCUAUGGAGUACAAAUAGGAGGGUUGUUUUACAAUGUUUGUUGUGAAAAGAAUUCACUUUGUAAACAACUGUUAAGGCUGGAAGUUUAGUGAAGGUGCAUAGUUGUGAAAGCUACACAGCUGAAAAAUCAAACUUAUUGUUUGUAAUUUUGCUGUUACAUGUUAAGUUACUUUGACAGCAAUUUUCUAAUGAUAAUGUGAUUUAUGAUUUAAAAGGCCUGAACCAAAAUGGAAGUUAUUCCUUGCGUCUGAAGUAUAGCACCAUCACCUUAUUAGGUCACAGCAGAGUGAGUGUCCCAAUGUCGCUCUGACCCAACUCCCUUGAUGAUGCAGUGUUUGUUUGGAGGUGAGUUGUGUAAAGUGGCCGAACAUCAACAACAACAAAACACAAUCAGGAAAGAGCAAUUGGGUAAAGCUUUACACUGCUCUUUUAAAAAUACUAUUAUGAAAUGGACGUUUAUGUCGCACAUGAGGGGCAGUUCUGGUUUGAUUGGAUAUUCUUUUUAAAACAAGGAACUAAGUUCUUUAGUUUUAGCUGCAUGUCAGCUAGUCAUCAAGUUUAUUUUAGGCCCCAAGUUUGUUUAGGCUUUUUGUUUAUGUUACAGUUAAACUUCAGACUGAAAUUGGCAGCAUUGUUAGAACAAAUUGUUGCUUUCUGUAUACAUGAGAUACUCUAAGAUGACAGAACUGUUGUUUAAGAACAUUUUUAUUUUAAGAUAAUUGGCUCUUUUGCCACAGCAACCCAAAGGACAAUAAGAUGUACCAUAUGACCUUUUGUCAAAUAUACUAAUGUUAAUUUGCUUUUACAUUAAUCCUUUUCCCAAAGAGUUCACUCUUGUGUUUUGACAGAACAGUUGGCAUGUCAACUGAUAAGGUAUUUCUAUUUUUAAAAUAAUUUCAUAGUUAAUAGUUUUGGAUAUUUUAAAAGGCUAUUUAAUUUUUUAAAAGCACUUCUUUUAAAGUAUGUAUGUUUUACUUAGAAAACCAGGAACAUGGUAGAAUGGUUUUUUAAAUGAUAAUUAAAUACAGAUUUUAUAAGAGAAAUGCUUGACUGAUUUGUAUUUUAGUGCAUUUUUAAAACCUAAGUAUCUGGUAGUACUCCCCUUGUAGUGAGCAUGAGAUUAAAGUUUAGAACUUUUUAAAACAAUCUUUUCUUUUUUUGUGGUUGUGUACUCAUUAUUGCUUGUUCGUCUUUUGCAAUUUAGAUAAAUGAUAUAACAUUAAACUCAAGGUGGUUGAGUUGCAGUAGGGAGUCGGAAGCAAGCCAAGGGAACAUCUUUCUCUACAGGGGACUUGGCGAUUCCAAACCCCCAAGGUUCAAAGAAGAAACUGAAGACACCUGGAAUCUGUACUGCUUUGUGCUAUUGAGCUGUGCUUGUUAUAUGGACCUUGUUGCUUGACCAACAGAUUUAGCAUUUAAAAACCCGAUUAUGUUUUAGAAAUCUUGACCUCUUAGCCCUUUGUGGACAGUUGAGAAUUUGAGGCAUUGUGUACUAGAUUUUCCUUAUUGUGGUAAUUAGGCGUUCAGCUUAGUCUUCAAAAGUCACAGAUUGCAUGCAUAACUUGUUAGUUUUUGUAACUGGACAAUAGAUAUUUUCUAGAAAGUUUAAAGCUAUCUGUAGUGUUAGAAAGGUAAACAGUUAUUAUAAUUUUUCCAUUUCUCACUGGGGAGAAAUUUCCACGGUAGCAAACACUUUUCUUAUUAGUAAGUGCAAGAAUUUAUGGAUGUUCCAUGAUGGUUUUUAAAGUUAGUAAAUGUAAUACCCACUAACAGCCACACAGUCCAAAAAUACUUAUGAAAUCCACAAAGGAUUAACAGGCUGCUCUGAGCUUUUGGUAGUGAGAAAGAAAUUGAUAAUCUCUGGUAGAGAUUGUAUUGCUGAGAAGCCAGUAGGGAAAAAAAUUUUUUUUUAAAUAGUAAGGAAUAUAUAUGAAUCUAAGCCCCUAUGGUAGACUUUAAAAAUACUAAUUUAAAUGAGUUUAAGGUUUGUUUGUCUGUUCGUUUUGAAGUAACCUGUUUCUCUUCCUGUCAUGUCUUUUUGCAGAAUCCAGACUCCAAAAUGAUGCAAAUCAACCUGACUGGGUUUUUGAAUGGAAAAAAUGCUAGAGAAUUUAUGGGAGAAUUGUGGCCCCUGCUGUUAAGUGCACAAGAAAACAUUGCUGGAAUUCCUUCUGCUUUUCUAGAACUGAAGAAAGAAGAAAUAAAACAGAGACAGAUUGAACAAGAAAAAUUGGCAUCUAUGAAAAAGCAAGAUGAAGACAAAGAUAAGAGGGAUAAGGAAGAAAAAGAAAGCAGCAGAGAAAAAAGGGAAAGGUCCCGAAGCCCAAGAAGACGCAAAUCCAGAUCUCCUUCCCCUAGAAGACGAUCUUCCCCUGUCAGGAGAGAGAGAAAGCGCAGUCAUUCUCGAUCUCCCCGUCACAGAACCAAGAGCCGGAGUCCUUCCCCUGCUCCAGAAAAGAAGGAGAAAACUCCAGAGCUCCCAGAACCUUCAGUAAAAGUAAAAGAACCUUCAGUACAAGAAGCCACUUCUACUAGUGACAUCCUGAAAGUUCCCAAGCCUGAACCUGUACCAGAACCUAAAGAACCUUCUCCAGAAAAAAAUUCCAAAAAAGAAAAGGAAAAGGAAAAGACUCGACCAAGAUCUCGGUCACGUUCCAAAUCAAGGUCCCGGACUCGUUCCCGCUCUCCAUCUCAUACUCGACCUAGACGGCGCCAUAGAUCCCGAUCAAGAUCAUAUUCACCUAGAAGGCGGCCAAGCCCAAGAAGGAGGCCUUCUCCUCGGAGAAGAACUCCACCAAGACGAAUGCCUCCUCCACCAAGGCAUAGAAGGAGUAGAUCUCCAGUGAGACGAAGAAGGCGCUCAUCAGCAUCCUUGUCUGGGAGUAGCUCAUCAUCAUCUUCCUCUCGUUCCCGGUCACCACCAAAGAAGCCUCCCAAGAGGACAUCCAGUCCCCCUCGAAAAACUCGUAGGUUAUCUCCUUCAGCGAGUCCUCCAAGGCGAAGGCACCGACCUUCACCUCCAGCAACUCCACCACCAAAACCUCGUCAUUCCCCAACACCCCAGCAGUCAAACCGUACCAGAAAAAGUCGUGUUUCUGUCUCUCCAGGGAGAACUUCAGGUAAAGUGACAAAACAUAAAGGUACUGAGAAAAGAGAGUCUCCUUCACCAGCACCCAAGCCUAGAAAAGUAGAGUUAUCUGAAUCUGAAGAAGAUAAAGGCGGCAAAAUGGCAGCAGCAGACUCUGUACAGCAGAGACGCCAGUACAGACGACAGAACCAGCAGUCUUCAUCUGACUCCGGCUCCUCCUCCUCUUCAGAAGAUGAGCGACCCAAGAGGUCCCAUGUGAAGAAUGGCGAGGUGGGCAGGCGGCGGAGACAUUCCCCUUCCCGGAGUGCCUCUCCAUCACCACGAAAGCGCCAGAAAGAGACCUCCCCUCGGAUGCAGAUGGGAAAACGAUGGCAAUCACCAGUGACUAAAAGUGGUAGACGGAGGAGAAGUCCCUCCCCACCACCCACCAGAAGGCGACGUUCUCCUUCUCCAGCUCCUCCUCGGCGGCGCAGAUCUCCCACACCCCCACCACGACGAAGGACUCCUUCUCCUCCACCACGUCGGCGCUCACCUUCCCCAAGAAGAUACUCUCCUCCAAUACAGAGAAGAUAUUCUCCUUCUCCCCCUCCAAAGAGAAGAACAGCUUCUCCACCUCCCCCUCCUAAAAGAAGGGCAUCGCCAUCUCCACCGCCAAAGCGUAGGGUCUCCCAUUCUCCACCUCCCAAACAAAGAAGCUCCCCAGUCACCAAGAGACGAUCACCAUCGUUAUCGUCAAAGCAUAGGAAAGGGUCUUCCCCAAGUCGAUCUACCCGGGAGGCCCGAUCUCCACAACCAAACAAACGGCAUUCGCCCUCACCACGGCCUCGAGCUCCUCAGACCACCUCAAGCCCUCCCCCCAUUCGAAGAGGAGCAUCAUCAUCACCCCAAAGAAGGCAGUCCCCAUCUCCAAGUACUAGGCCCAUUAGGAGAGUCUCCAGAACUCCGGAACCCAAAAAGACAAAAAAGGCUGCCUCACCAAGCCCUCAAUCUGUAAGGAGGGUCUCAUCUUCUCGAUCUGUCUCAGGAUCUCCUGAGCCAGCAGCUAAAAAACCCCAAGCACCUCCGUCCCCUGUCCAGUCUCAGUCACCCUCUACAAACUGGUCACCAGCGGUACCAGUCAAAAAGGCUAAAAGCCCAACACCAAGCCCAUCUCCGGCACGGAAUUCGGACCAAGAAGGAGGCGGGAAGAAAAAGAAGAAAAAGAAGGACAAGAAACACAAAAAGGAGAAGAAGCACAAGAAGCACAAAAAACACAAGAAGGAAAAGGCUGUGGCUGCAGCCGCUGCAGCUACUGUAAUCCCUGCAGUCGUUGCUGCUCCCACAACUACAUCAGCACAGGAAGAACCAGAGGCAGAGCCAGAGCCUAAAAAGGAGACUGAAAGUGAAGCUGAAGAUAACCUUGAUGACUUAGAAAAGCACCUGCGUGAAAAGGCCCUGAGAUCAAUGCGGAAGGCUCAAGUGUCCCCACAGUCUUAGAUGGAAAUGUUUGUUAUGUUGUAAAUUUUAUUUGGUUUGUACGCAAUUCAAUUUCAAAAUUGCUAAAAUGUGUUUGAGCUUUAGACUAUAACAUUUGUUGUAAUAAUUGCUAGGUUGACGUUCACCAUGUAAAAAAGGGGGCAUGGAUUUACAUUGCAAAAGGUGUCCACAGUGUAUUAGUGACAUUCUUUCAUUGACAGCUGACAUAAAUUCAUUUAGCGUGAAAUAUUCUAAGCCAAAAAGAAAAAAAAUCCUCUUUUUAAAAAAGGGGGUUUAAAAAAGGGGGUUUAAAUAUGGUUGGCGUUCUUAUGGUUCCUUUAAUGCCUCUGGCUAUUCCCAGAGGUUUUUUUCCUUUCUUUCUCUCAUUUGAUUCUUAGCACCCAUUUAAGUUAUGAUGCUUCUAACCUAGUAUGGUUUGUAAGCUUGCCCAGAAAUAAGACCACUGUUGAACUACCACAAAAGUAUAAAUGAAUAUUCUAAUGCCACCAUCUUUCCUGUUGCCUGUGGAGUCUCUGCUGAAAUGAAUCAACAUUCGAACUCUAGAUUGAGACAGAAAAUGAAAGCAUGUUGUUUGCCAGGACACUGUGGGUUUAUAUGGUUGUGUAACAAGUUGAUUUGGAACACUGGAAUUUCAUUAUAUUCUGGUUUUGGUGUUUUGGGUUUUUUUUUCCUCCUUUUCUUUUGUAAAGGCAAUUAUCUAGUCCCAGGAAGGAUCCUUCAGUUAUAUAAAAUUUUGUUUUUUGAAAUGUCAUGGCUCCAUUCAUAAUUUUUUGUCUUGUUCUUCCAAUUGAUAUACACAACUUUCAGAGCUCUUGUGUUUGGAAGGCUGGAAGGGCCCGGACUUUGAAAUAGUGUCUUGUUUUUGUUGUUUUGGGUUUUGUUUUUGUUUUUGUUUUUGUUUUUUAAACUAAAGCUAUAUAAAGCUUGUGGAUUAAACAAUAAAUUUCUAAAUUUAAAAAUGCUUGCCACUCUCACUUGUUUCAGUACUGCAAGGAAAUCUACUUUUCUUAGAAAUUUAUUGAUGUUUAACUUUUUAGCCCCUUGACACCUUGGGGAGAAGACUUGGGCUGGGAAAAUAAAAGAUGAAAUUAA